AUGACACUACGUCUCACUGUCACUAGACCAUUUGUAGUAGCAACUCCAGCGCAAGUUGACGGCUGUAAUACUAACGCAAGUGGAUGUACUUCUCAGAACAAGAAAAGUGUAAAAGAGGUGAAGCAUGUGUGCGAAAUCAUCGAUGUGCUCAUCAAAGGCUUGCAACGAAUGGAGUACAGAGGAUAUGAUUCGGCAGGUAUUGCUAUCGAUGGUGGAAAUGACCCGGAUUCACCCCAUAAAGAGAUUCUACUACUCAGAAAAGCUGGCAAGGUUUCCGCUUUGGAGGACUCGAUCAAAGAAUCAUCAGACUCUCUCAAUAUGGAUAUGACUUACAAUAUUCAUUGUGGAAUUGCCCACACACGAUGGGCCACUCAUGGUUCACCCAAAGAUGUGAAUAGCCAUCCGCAGAGAAGUAACGAGAGAAACGAGUUUAUGAUUGUACACAAUGGAAUCAUCACUAACUACCGUGAGAUCAAAGAGUAUCUCAUAAAGAAAGGACAUAAAUUUGAGUCGGAGACAGACACCGAAGUGAUAGCGAAACUCAUACAACAUAUUCAUGAUCGCUACCCGGACUUCUCUUUCAGACAGCUGGUGGAAGUUGUCAUACAGCAGCUGGAAGGAGCAUUUGCUUUGGCCUUCAAAUCAUCAAAAUUCCCCGGCCAACUUGUAGCGACUCGCCGUGGAUCGCCGUUACUCAUUGGCAUCAAAACUAAUAAUGAAAAUCUCCAAGCUAGCCAAUUCCCCGUUUCGUUCAGUAAAGCUCGCCGCUUUGCUUCGACUCAAGCCACACACUUGCGCAGACCAUCUACUGAUGAAUCAUUUGCGGAGACUCCAAACGCACUUGAUCUCUCUACAGGCAUUCGCUCUGCACACUUCCUAGAUCGAUCACGCGGUGGUCCCGGAAGAACAUUCGACUCUGAGGACUGGGAAGUGGAAUACUUCGUUGCAUCGGAUGCCGCCGCGAUUGUUGAGCAUACCAAACAAGUGCUCUUCUUGGAGGAUGACGAUGUUGCAGUGGUAGAGGAUGGAGCGCUCUCCAUUCAUCGCAUCUCUCGCAGAGUUGCCACGGAGAAUACGCAAACCAGAGAAGUACAAAGUCUGAAUUUGGAACUGCAGCAGAUAAUGAAAGGCAGCUUCAAAACUUUCAUGCAAAAGGAAAUCUACGAACAACCCGAGUCCGUUGUUAACACAAUGAGAGGGCGUGUUCGUCCCAACGGGGAAGUAGUGUUAGGAGGACUGAAGGAUUAUCUUGCUGAUAUCAGAAGAUGCCGUCGUCUAAUCAUGAUCGCUUGCGGCACUUCUUACCAUUCCGCUAUUGCUUGUCGUCAAAUCCUAGAAGAGCUCUCAGAACUGCCUGUUGUUCUGGAAUUGGCGUCAGAUUUCCUAGAUCGCAAAACGCCGAUCUUCCGUGAUGAUGUUUGCAUCUUCAUUUCUCAAAGCGGUGAAACAGCUGAUACUUUGAAUGCUUUGAGAUACUGUAAACCUCGCGGCGCGCUGCUGAUUGGAAUUACGAAUGCUGUUGGAUCUUCCAUCUGUCGUGAAACCCACUGUGGUGUUCAUAUCAACGCAGGUCCAGAGAUUGGAGUUGCCUCUACCAAGGCGUACACUUCACAAAUCUUAUCACUCCUAAUGUUUGCUUUGGUCUUGUCGGACGACCGCAUUUCAAUGAUGAACAGAAGAAGGGAGAUUAUUCAAGAUCUUAAUAGGCUGCCUGAACUCAUUCGUGAAGUACUGCAACUAGACGAACAAGUUUUGGCUAUUGCCAAAGAGAUUUACAAGGAGAAGUCACUACUCAUUAUGGGAAGAGGUUUCAACUUUGCUACAUGUCUAGAAGGUGCCCUGAAAAUCAAGGAACUUUCCUACCUGCAUUGCGAAGGCAUCAUGUCUGGUGAGCUGAAACAUGGUCCAUUAGCCAUGGUUGAUGAGAAUUUACGCAUUUGCAUGGUUAUCUGCAAUGACUCGGUCUAUAAGAAAUCUCUCAACGCUCUGCAGCAGGUUGUAGCACGAAGAGGCGCCCCAUUUAUCAUUGCUGACGCCAGUGUUCCUGAAUCGGACUUGAGCGGCAUGAAGCACAUCCUAAGGAUACCAAAAACAGUUGACUGCGUACAAAAUGUGUUGACUGUCAUACCACUUCAGCUGCUUGCUUAUCACAUCGCUGAGCUUAACGGACAAAAUGUGGACCGUCCAAGAAAUCUGGCCAAAUCGGUGACUGUUGAAUAAGUACUUCUCCACACGUGAUUCAGACAACGCUGAUAAUACAUCUUUCUUUAUUCCCAAAUAAUAUCUAAAUUAUGCAUGCAAAGCUCGAUAAAGUUUUAUGAUUG